UCAUAUUAUCUGGCUAUCUUCAUGAUUUUACUUUUGGUAUAAAAUUAUUUUGAAUCAUAAUUCAUAAUAUUAUGACCCUAUGACCGUUAAAAUUUUAUUCAGAAAAACGCUGAUAUGACUUUUGGAUAAUAUAUUUAAUUAUAAUAAAAAUCGAUGUUGACUAUUGACUGGAGUUACAUGAUCUUAAAAUAUCAUUGGACGUGGACGUGGUGUAAGUAGACUCUUUGUAUAAAUAAUGACCAGUUGAAUGAAGAGUGAAGCUGUUAGACCACACUGAUAAAUUUUCGGAUUAUUUUAAUCAUUUCUACUGUUCACAGUUCUGUAUUUGCUUUUUGAAUACCUAUACCGGUGCCUAUACCUAUUUCAUUUUCUUGACAAGGAAAAUGCUUGGUGUUGAAAGCCUUAAUAAGUGCGUGGAAUGCGGAAAAGUGUAUAAACGUAAACAUGAUUUAAGAAGACAUGUAAAAAGUUCGCAUCCUGACAAACUGGAUUUAAUUGCGCCUUUAAAAGUGCUUAAAGGCAACGUCUAUAAGUGUACACACUGUGAUAGACAAUUUAGUUAUAAGCCAAAUUUAAACUAUCAUUUGAAAAAAGUGCACUCAGAUGUAUGUUCUGUAGAAACUCGAACAUUUCAACAUAAAAAAUGUUCACUAUGUGAUUAUAGUGCCACUUUUAAAAAGGACUUUAUUAAACAUUAUGAAACUUCUCAUAGCAUUCCUAUGGAAUAUGAUACAAUAGAGUUUUCCAACCAUGAUGACUUUAUUUCUUGGAAGAAUAAAAUAGAGCUUGAAACAAAUGCUAGUUUUAUUGCGGAAAAUGGAAAAAAGGCAGGAAUAGUGAACUACAUAUGCCACCGAUCUGGAUAUUUCAUCUCAAAAGGUAAGGGUGAGAGGCACCUUAAAAGACAAGGUAGCAAUAAGAUUAAUGGAUACUGCCCUGCUAUGAUAAAAGAAGUUGUCCAAAGUGAUGGAAAAUAUUUAGCACAUUUUACCAAAACCCAUGUUGGUCACUACAAUGAAAUUGAGCACCUAUUUUUGUCACCCUCAGAGAGAAAAACAAUUGCCAUGAAACUAGCUGUAAAAACUCCAUUUGAAGCGGUUUUACAUGAAGUGAGAGAUGGAAUUUUAGAUACAGGAAAGUUACAAAGAAGGCACCUUUUGACAAAAAAAGAUCUCUACAAUAUUCAGGCCAGCUUUAACCUUCCCUCUACUAGAGUAAGACGCAAAAAUGCUGCUGUUAACAACAAAGUUAAAGUUUCCUCUAAAAGAAGACAUAAAACUAGUUUAGAGUUAGACACGUUCCAUACUAUAAAUUUUGAAGACCUUUGGCAGGUGUCUCAAACAAAUGAAUUGUCACAGGAAGCACAGAUAUUGGAAAUCGUUGAAGAUGAUGGAGCAGCCGAACCCGAAAUUAUUUUUGAGGAAGUGGAUUAUAAGUCAGCUAGCAGGUGCAAAACAUUGGCGGAGAGAAAAGAAGAGAUGUUGCAAUACCUAUAUAAUGUAGUUAAUGGGGUUAACACAGAGGAAGAAUGGAAAGUUCUGGAAAAAAUGGUGAAUCCAAUUGAACCAACUUUGGCAGCAAUUAGCCUGCAGACCAGUUCUAACUUUGAAUCCAAAGAUUCCAUACCCAGCAAUUCAAAAAUUCUGAAACAGAGACAGUUGUUCAUUACAAAGAAAAAACCCAACCAAAAGAAACAGCUGACUAAACCUACAAGUGGAGAAUGUGACACUAUUUUAAAGUUCCUGUAAAUAUUGUAUGUCAACUUUUUAAUACACUACGCUUAAAAAAAACGCCCACCCAAAAAAUUGGUUUUUUGAUGUCUCGAAUUUUCUAAACCUGUUGUCCGAUUUAAGUGAUUUUUUAAUAUGUUAUAGCCUUAUUCUUUAACAAUAUGGCUGUAAUAAUAUUGUUGCUAGACAGGUAAAUUGUCAUAGUAUACCGGGUGUACCAAUCAAACCGUGUUUUUUUACUCAAAGUUCACCACAUCCUGUGGAAUAUUCUAGCCUAGCCUUUAUAAAAUACUGAAAUUAAAACCCAACUAUAGCCUCAGGUUCUCUUAACAUUCUGUUUUUGAUUCAUUCGCUUAUGGUAGAUAAUAAAAUAGCUAGAGACUUUAACAACUAGCCAUUUUCUUCAUCAAUACAGGGUGUUUUUUCAAAUAAGUGUGAUAAACUUUAAGGCCUAAUUCUGCAUGAAAAAAUAAUGACAGCUUGAUUUAUAAACGUAUGGCCGCAAUUGCUUCGUUUCUGAGAUAGGGAGGUGUUAAAAUUUUUCUUACAAAGUGACGAUUUAUUUAUUACCUUAAAACCGGUUGAGAUAAUUGCAAAUGAAAUUUGGUAGGUUUUAAGAGGUAGUUAUUGCACAUUUUUGACAUACCAUUAAGAAUUUAAUAUUCACCAUCGGCGCGCAGACGGGUUAUAUUUACUUGUGCCUUACUAUCUUAGAGUUAUCAAAAGAAAAUGAAAUUUAUGGAAAGGACCCAGCACAAACCUUAUGGAAAAUAGGUCCCAGUGGAUUUCUUUCAUACUUUGGGAAAAUACUCUUUGAAGCAUCCUGAUAAAAAGUUCUCAUGGGCACAACUCAAUCGUAUGAAGGAUUUUGAAGAUGUAGAAGUCCAAACUCGGAAAAUUAUAAGAUUUACGGGGUAUUCCAAUUCCGUGAGUUACUGGUUAUUUGGCAACAUGUAGAAGUUUGGAUCAAGGAAAAGUACGUACUAGUAGUCUAGGAUUUUUUCCUGGCUAUCCAAUGGUUACCUUUACUUUGACCUUGACCUUCAGCGGACGUCAUCUUCUAGAGUUUUGAGGCUUUUAGGCAUUAAAUUGAUAUAAACAGAUUACUCAUAUGUUUUUGGGAUCGCAAAACACGAAUAUGCCAUCAGAAUUACCCUCCGGAUGACGUGGUGGCCAGGGCCACUGUAAGGGACGUCAUCUUCUAGAGUUUCGAUGGUUUUUGGCAUUUAAUUGAUGCAAAUGAAUUACUGGAGGGUUUUUUGAGGUCGCUAAACACGAAUAUGCCAACAGAACCGUCUCCCGGAGCACCUGGUUUCCAAGGACAGUGAAAGGGGCUCCUGGAUUUUCGAGGGUCUUUGGUACUACAUUGAUGCAAACGGAUUAAUUAUAGGUUUUUGGGGUUGCUCAACACGAAUACGUGCGGAUCUGAUAGUGUAUGCAUGUUCAGCAACUCCAAAAACCUAAGAGUAAUCCAUUUGAUUCCUCCGAAACUCCAGAAGAUAACCUGUCUUAGGCACCAGGUGCUCCUGUGUCUGUGCUGAUCACGUAUUCGUGUUCAGCAACCCCAAAAACCUAUAACUAAUCCGUUUGGAUUAAUGUAGUACCAAAGACCCUCGAAAUUCCAGGAGCCCCUUUCAUUGACCUUGGAAAUCAGGUGCUUCGGGAGUCGGUUCUGGUGGCAUAUUGGUGUAUAGCGACCUCAAAAAACCCUCCAGUAAUUCAUUUGCAUCAAUUAAAUGCCGAAAACCAUCGAAACUCUAGAAGAUGACGUCCCUUGCAGAGGCCAGGGCCUCUGCAAUCCGGAGGGCAAUUCUGAUGGCAUAUUCGUGUUUAGCGAUCCCAAAAACCCAUGAGUAAUCUGUUUAUAUCAAUUGAAUGCCGAAAACCCUCGAAACUCUAGAAGAUGACGUCCGUUGAAGGUCAAGGUCAAAGUAAAGGUCGCCAUUGGAUAGCCAGGAAAAAAUCAUAGACUACUAGUACUUUUCCUUGGUCCAAACUUAUACAUGUUGCCAAAUAACCAAUAACUCAUGGAGUUAGAAUACCCCGUAAAUCUUAUAAUUUUCCGAGUUUGGGCCUGUAUAUCUUGAAAAUCCUUCAUACGAUUGAGUUGUGCCCAUGAGAACUUUUUAUCAGGAUGCUUCAAAGAGUAUUUUCCCAAAGUAUGAACGAAAUCCACUGGGACCUAUUUUCCAUAAGGUUUGUGCGGGGUCCUUUGUAAAAUUCUGAUUUUUUUAAAUCACAUUUAAUUUUCAAAAAUGUGCAUUCUAAACCGGUCAAAAGUUCAUUACUUAUGCUAAAAUAAAUAAAGUCUUAUUCGCCGUGUGCAAGUACUUAGAGGGGAUACGAGAAACGAUCGUGCGCGAAUAGCGAAGAAAUCUUGCAACUUUCUUAAAUAAUUCAUUGUCAAUUGAAAUUGUCAAAUUGACGUAUAUUUCAUAUCUACUGUCAAUGAAGAAGAAAAAUUAUGUUACUCCACAAUAUUGAUAUGAUAUGCAAUUAUUAUAUAAAAGUAAAUUUAAUUAAUUGUAUUUUGCUUGUAGUAGUGCAUUUUAAUAAUUAAUUUUAUUCACUACAUACAAUAGGGAACUUGCACAUUUUUUUAUUACAUAAUAAUGUUCAGUUUUUUAUAAAAAUGAGAUUUCCAAAAUUUCACGCGUUAAAAUCUCAUAAUAACUUAGAAGUACAAAUUUAAAGUCUUCUUUAUCUUAAAAUAGUUCAAACGACCCGUGACGUCACAGAGUUUACUAUGUGGUUCCGUUUAUGGUUAUAUUUACGUAUAUUCUUCUUUUUCUUCUUUAGUUUAUUGGCCUCUACCUACUUGGGUAUUUGGCCAGCUCGUCGUCGGGGAAUAAAGGAAAAAUAUUUAUAUUCUAAUGACAUUUAUCGUAUGUCGUUGUAAUAAUAAUAUACCAGUUUGUUGAGAUUGGAGUUUGAUACAGUUUUUGAAGGAAAGGAAAGAAGGUUUACUAUUGAAAAAAAAACCAUUUUGUAAAAGUACAAAUUUUCUAUGAAUAAUUCAAACGAUCAAAAACACUUUUAACGUCACAUAACUGUAUUUUUUACUGACGUUUAUAAUGUCUAAUUUAAAAUUAUAUAUACAAUUGGUGUAGAAUGUAAACAUACAACCCUGUGACGUCACGACGCGUUUUGGUGUGACUGGUAUAAGUUGAAUUUUUAGUCGUCUUUAGGGGCCAAACGAAAGACAAACAAAACUUUUUUAUCUUUGAUACAUGUUCUAAAUUAUGUUCUGUUUUGAUUUAUACCAUUUUUUUCGAAUUUAAAAUUUUAUGCAAGUUCCCUAUUGUUUAACUUUAUAAUAUAACCUUAACAUUACUUUUUCUUAUAAUUUUUUUGGGCUAUGGCCUUGACAAUUGUCCAGUAACCAGGACCAAUAUGAUUGGCCAACAUAAUUAAAAGUGCUAAAAAUGUUGCCGAGCUAUGAAACCAGGUGUCGCUUUUCCGAACUUGCGCGGUCCCAAUAGGGUUUACUAUAAGUUUAAUUUUUUUGUAGAAAUGGCGUAUGUUUUAUUUUUUACUUUUUCAAAAAUUUGAAAGGGUUCUCUUAUUUUUAUCAUAACUUGCUUAAUUUUGAUGCUUUCAAAUGAGCUACUGGAGCUCAUUUGAUAGGUAUUCAGGAGUACUUUCACAAGUGUUUAGUAAGGAUAUUUUAUAAAAUGCAUCGUUUUCCCAUUAUUUAAGCUUAGAUUAUUAAAUGGUUUUUCAAGUGAGUAUUUUAUUUGAAUUUUUAUCAUCUUCCAUUUUAGUUAUAAUAGCUUCUUUGUUAAAAAUUUAGUUUUUGAGUUAUUUAUGGGAAACCGCGUUUGUUUUAUAAAAUAUGUCUGCAAAUGCUUCGUUUGCGAGAUACGGUAUGUUGAAUUUUUUCUUACAAACUGAUGAUUUACUUAUUGUUCUACAACCGGUUGAGAUAUGCAAAUGAAAUUUGACAGGUUUAAAGAGGUUGUUUUUGCGCAUUUUUGACAUACAAUUAAAAACAUAUUCAUUGAGAAAAAAACACAGUUUGAUUGGUACACCCGGUAUGCGUUAUGCAAUGACAAUUUACCUGUCUAUUCUUGUUCUCAUGAUCAUUUUUCAGUGCGUCACAGUUUUUCGAUUUCUCUCUAAUGCAUUAAGUUUCAUGAGACGGAAAAAGCGGUAGUUCCGUGAUUAAAGACAAAAAUAAUGCAGCAUUACAAUGGUUAUAUACAUAAGAUGUCUGUUCCUAACCUACGUUUGAUUCGUUGAUAUUUAGAAUGCGCGUUUUUUCUAGCCAAUCAAAUACACGUAUUACGAACAUUUGACGAAAACUUCGUCCAUUUUGGCCAAUUUUUAGAAGUGUCAAAGAGUCAAGUGACGGUUAUUAUUCAGGUCAGUAUUUUGUGUACCUAUCAUUUUGAAAUUUCGAAUUCGACUUCCCUUGUGUUUCACAACGUUUUUGUGCAUUAUUUUGUGUUUUGGUUUAGAAUUUAGUUCGUUAAAAGUUAGUUUUGUAUUUUGGUUUAGAAUUUAAUUCGUUAGAAGUUAGUUUAUACUCCAGGUUAUUAUGCAAGAAAAAUAUCCAUAGUAAGGAGACGUAACUCAUGGCUGAAGAACCUUAGGAACUGGUUUGGAUGUAAUAACAAUGAAUUAUUUAGAGCCGCGGUUUCAGAAAUAAAGAUCGCUCUGAUGAUUACCAACUUUUGAAGCGGAGACAGCACCUAGAGAAGAAGAUAAAAAUACAGUUUAUGGAUAGUUUUGUGUCAUUUUUGAAUGUUUCCAUAUUUAUAAAUUUAAUUAACAAUAUUGUUUACUUUUUAAUUUUAUUCCCCUUUAUAAAAAAUACCUACAUGUUAACAUAUUGUGUAAAAAUAAAAUCUACUAAAUUACUAAUUAGUUUAAUUCCACAAGCUUUUCACCUAUGGCGAAGUACGAUUCUGGCAUCUGUCAGAUUCGUCAAUAAUUACAUGAAAUAAGUCUCGACACACCCAAUACAGUAUAUGACGUCAUAAUUAAUGACACACUGAAAAAUGAUCAUGAGAACAAGAAUAGCAAUAAUGGAAGUAACAAGUGUGGGAAAUUCGAGACAUCAAAAAUGACCCCUUUGUUGGGGUGCCCGUUUUCUCUGACGCGCAGUGUAUUUUUUAUGUAUUCAGAUGUAAAACCUAUUUGGGUGAAGUUUUUGGGUAAAUUUUUUUCUUAAUCAUCCACCUUUUUUGCAUAUUUUAUAUUUUUAACUUGGUAUCAUAGCAGCUGAUGGGAAGUAUUUCAAAAUUUCAAUACUUUUUUUUGUAUGUAUUUAAAUACUUUUAGAGUAGGUAUUUAAAUACCAAGUAUUAUAUUAUAAAUAAGUAAGUCUUUGAUAUUUAAAUACUCUACAGUCUAAUCUAAAGUAUUUAAAUACCUACAAAAAAGUAUUUAAAUUUUAAAAUACUGCCCAUAAAAAUAUGAAAUGUGAAAAAGGGUGAAUGAUUAAGAAAAAAAUUUAUCCAAGCACUUGAGUAAAUUUUUAAUAUAUAAAUACAUACUUUUCAACAUU